AUGGAGGAUGUGUUGAAAAACAUUGUUUACGAAUUAGAUUUAGAUGAAGUUGCUGUUGAUGCUAACAAAGAGAAAGUUGUUGAAGAUAUAGAACGUGAUGAUGUGAACAAGAGUACUACAAGUUCUUCGAGUUCUUCGGAAGAUGAAGUUGAUGAAAUAGAACGUUUAAGAAGAAUUCAAGAGGAGACUGCAAAAGAGAAACAGUUGAAAAAGAGGAAGAGACAGGAGAAGGAUGAUGCUGCAUACAUUCCAUCUCCUGAGCAUGUAUCUGAAUCUCAAUCGCCUUCAGGUGCAAAGAAGAAAGUUGGUGCGAGGAAGAGGAUUGUUUCGCCGAAGAUAAAGAAAGUUACUCCAAAGAUCACAAAGCCAAAGAUUGUUCUGAAGAAGAAAUCAUCCAAAGAACCAAGUAAACCAUCAACACCACCACCUGAACCUACACCACAUCAAACACCUCCAAGACAACCAACACCUCAAAGACAACCUUCACCACCAAAACAACCAACACCACCUAGACAACCAUCACCGUUACAUCUCUCACCACCACAUCAAACACCACCUCAUGAACAACCUUUUCUUACAUCCCAAGAAAUCUUUAAAACACCACCACCUACUCAAAUUCAAAUUCAAUUAACUCCUGGUUCUUCUAGCCACAAGAUGUUUCCAUCCAUUCUAGAAAAUCUUGAGGAUAUUGGAGAUUUCGGAUUUGCGAAUGAUGAACAGGUGAAAAAGAUAGAGAAGAAAAUGGAUGAUGUUUUAAAUGAAAACAAAAGAUUAGCAGCUGAAAGCAAGAAAGUGGCUGAUCGUGAAAAGAUUCUCAAAAUGCGUGUAAAGAAGUUAGAAUGUGAAAACAAAUCUUUAUUGAAGAAGAUAGAUACCGAUCAGACCGAGAUUGAUAUCUUGAAGGUAAGGGUGGCAGAGUUAGAGGAGGAAAAGACACGCCGAGAUGAACAGAACAAAUAUUUUGAGUUAAAGAACAAAGAACUGGAAGCUGCAAAGGCGUUGAAAGAGCACGAAUUCUAUAUGAUGAAGAAAGUGAUAGAAAGUAUGCUCGGAAGUCAAUAG